GAGCAAUAAGACGGUCUUCAUUUUCAUCUCGCGGCACAUACCCUCAGACUGAUUAAGAUGCAUGAGUUCCAGCUACAAAUCAGGUACCGGCAAUACUCUCUGAGACAAUAAGCCACCUCAACACUUCAGCACGCGGUAGUGGGCCUUUACGAAAAUCAAUUCGCGUGGCCAUCUUUGCGAGUUCUGAGAUCAGCCGAAAGCUCAAGAGAUGGAGCCGGUACCGCAAAGCGUUGCACCAGGUGCUCCACGUCGAGAGUCUUACAAUGGCCUGCUAUCAACCACCGCCUAUUGUUGUCUUGGUUAUGUCUGUCACAGUGAUAGUCAUUGCCGAUGUGAGCAGAUGAGAAACCAUGGGGCAGUUACCCGCGUGUAAUGGGUUGGCACAACCUACACGCACACGGCCGCGUCCCAGGCCUUCGGGCUCAUGGUCAUCAGGUCCCCGGUGUUGUACAAUACAAGUCUUGGGAAUCCUCCCUCUGUGGUACAGUAUGCGUCGCCAGAGAUCGAUGGCAAGUGGCCCAGCAUGUUACAAAACCGUUGGCUGGGCAAGGCCGACAACCCCUAGUUUGGCACUAUGUGCAGUUGCAUUUCUUGGGUGUCGUAAGGCAUGUAUCCUUUGGAGGGACAUGUCCCACGAAAUUGCGAAUCUGCAUCAAGUCAUAUUGAAUUUCCACUCGAAAGAAGGUACCGUUCUCGGGAUGGAUAGGAGGAUUUACGCCUGGUUGCCCACAUUAGGGGUGAGUAUGAGACGCAGAUAAGUUGAGGUCUCGUGAGAUGUCCGAGACAGACUGGAGAUCCUGUCGAUCCUUGAGGAAACUGAGCACCUUGAAUCCUCCCAUGUCUUAUUGCUAGUACGGAGUAGUAUCUUGCCAUUGCUCAGUGGAUAUUGGAUACCAUCGUCUAUGCUGUGAUAUGCCUUCUCAUGGGUCAUCCUCUCCACCGCUCACAAGCUAUCGAUUCUACAGGGUGUCAAGCAACAUGGGCUGGCAUAUGGCGCAACAUAGCGCUGUCUGUGGGAUGUGACGUACGGUAUUGGCGACCUGACGGGCUAGUAGAGAUGAGAUAGUGCCGGC